AUGACAUGUUUCCCAAACGUACAGGCGCGUGGGAGGCAGUCCAUUCCCUCCAGAGCCGAGAAGUCCCCUGGCAGCCAAGAGCAGGCCACUGCUCCCAGCCAAGAACAAGCCCAGGAUCCUGAGGACAAACUCUGGGAAGAGAUCGAGAGGGAGGACCAGCAGGCCGCAGAGCUCACCAGUGGCAAGACCCCAGUGUUUGAUCUCUUUCCACCGCCCCCUCCAAGGCUCACUGCCCAGGAGCAGAAGCAGCGUGCUUACAAGCUCAGCAGGCGGCCCUUGCGAGCAACGCAGCAUCUCAGGCGAGCGCAGACGUCCAGGAAACAAAAAUCAGGGGUUGAAAGGGCAUCUGCGGCCGCCGCCCCGGCGCCGUUUGAGGUAAAGCCGGCCGACCUGCGCCCGACGCCACCGCUGCCGCCCAUGUGCAACCUGCCUCGCAGUAGCGCAGCUGACAGGGAGGCCGCACAAAAGAGGAUGUCCAGCAUGUCGGAGCACUACAAGCCCCUGACGACCGGCGAGGGAAUUGGCAGCUAUGCCAGAAAGGUUGCAGCCGCAGGGCUCGGUCCCCUGCCCAACCCCCGGCUGGUAGUGGAGUACCACCCCUUGGUGUCCAAGGCGCGCAUGGACAGGAACGUGGCGGCUGGCUAUGACCCAAAUGCGGAGUGGGGCAACAACAGCAUUCUGGCAGGCGAGGAUAUGACAGACCUUGACGACAAUGAAGAGGAAGAGGAGGAGUUGCAGGGCAGCGGCGCAGAGGGGAUGUCAACCAGCAGUGCAGGAAGAGCAUACUCAGCAGAUAAUGCGGAUUUGCCUGAAAUAUCACUUGAAGAAAGCGAUGAGGUGGACUGGGGCGCGGACUUUGAGGACGAGGAGGAUGAGAGUCUGCAGGAUGAGUUUGGGCGGGUGCUGGACGAAACCAUAGAGCAGCGGUUGGGACAGGACCCUGAAGCCGAAGACACUGAGGGAUUUGGCGUGUGGGAUGGCAGUGAUGAGGAGGACAGGGGGACCUCACAACGAAAUGGGGUGGAAGAUGGGGAUGACCUUGACUCACUCAUUUUGAAUUGGGAGAAGCUGAAUGAGGGCAGAAAAGCAUGA